UUCUGUUUCUGUUACUUUUCCCUUUUUAUCGCCGCUUUUUUCAGUUGGGUACGAUCGUUUUUGGACGAAAAAAAUAAUGGUUUACACAUUUUAGUGAGUUACCUUGAUCAACUUCAACAAUCAGGUGGUUGGGGAAGUGUUCAAGUUCCUCUUACACCGGGAGAUGGUAUUAAUGGUUGCUCGACAAGUGGUCUUCAGAAUUCCUCUGUUACUGUUGCCUCGAGUUCAUCUAAUUUUGACGCAGGAGCUUCUGUAUUAUCUGAAGAACGCAAUGGAGCUGCUCCUGGCAUUUUUCGGAGGUCCACAGCAACAAAAUCAAAAGUGAACAAGAACCUGGGAGAUCGGGACGAUGACGUUCAUGUUUGCGUCAGCUGUCUAAGAGCAAUUAUGAAUAAUAAGUAUGGGUUUAGUAUGGUUUUUAACGAUCCUCAUGCUAUCUAUUGCAUUGCCAGAAGCAUACUUCACCACAGUUUAAGGCAAGUUUUGACGAAAGCUUUGGUUUUGGAGCUUUUGGCUGCGAUCUGUUUGGUGAAAGGAGGUCAUGAACUAAUAGUUGAUGCUUUCGACAGGUUUAGGACGGAAUAUAAGGAAACCCACCGAUUCCAGUCAUUGUUUUCCUUUUUUCGUUAUUCAGAAUUUCAUGUGGAGUUUAUGACGUCAUGUAUGCAAUUCUUCAAUAUCGUUGUUCAUUCAACCGAAGAUAUGAAUUACCGAAGUUAUUUACAGUAUGAAUUCACACUGCUAGGAUUAGAUAAUUAUUUAGAGAGUUUGAGCGAGAAUGAAAGUGAACAGUUUCAAACUCAAAGGAUUGCUUAUUUAGAAAAUAUGCUUGAUGUACCAACAUUAAUGGAAGAGGCCGAAAAAAAAGCGAAAAUUGAAUCGGAGAAUCUCAGUUUGUGUGAAGAACUCUCCAAGGCAAAGGAGCGGCUACAGGAAGUUGAGGCUGAUUAUAUCGCUCGUUUAGCCCAGCUGGAUCACCGUCUGAAAGAAUUAAAUGCAGAAAAAGAGAAGUUGUUGAAAGAACAUGAUUCUACCUUGGACACGAUGAGAAGAACCCUUAGCGAGAAGGAUAAAGUUGCUCGUGAGCGGCAAGCGAAGUUAGAGUCAAGAAUUCAAGAGUUGGAAAGGAUGCAAGAGAACAUGAAAGCUGGGUUAUUAGAGGCGUCAAAGCCACCAGAGGAGGGAACCAGCAAGUCGCCACCAACUCCGCCACCACCACCUCCUGGUCCUCAUCGAACCAUAGACCAAGGUGAAGCGACUAAAAGUGUUACAGCACCGCCACCACCUCCUCCUCCUCUGCCUGAUAAUCUUUUUGGCCGUUCAGCUGCAAAACCUCCACCACCACCUUUUGGUAGGACAUUGUUGUCACCACCAGCUACUGAUGUGAUGACUAUUAAAAAAGUUUACACGACGAAAAACAAGCUUCCUCUUCUUAAUUGGUGUCCUUUGAAGCCAAAUCAGGCAAAGGAUACAGUGUUUAGCAAUCUUGACGAUGAAAAGAUAAUGGAUAAAAUUGAUUUUUCCGCGUUGGAAGAUAUGUUCAAGAUAGGAUCUAAAGUGACAGCGGAUACGAAUGAAGCAUCUUCUGUUGGACAACAUUCGCCUGGUAGUGGUAGCAAUGGCUCAUCGUCGAGUAGGAAGAAUACGUUGCUGGAUACGAAAAGGCUACAAAAUAUUGCUAUCACGAAAAGAAAAUUGGCUUUAUCAGCUCCAGAAAUUAUGUCAGCCGUUCAUCGAAUGGAUCUUACUGCACUUCCACCCGAAAGUGUUGACAUUCUACUGAAAAUUGCGCCUAACCAAGAGGAAAUGCAAAAGUACCGGCAGUACGAAGCCGAACAUAAGUCUACAGCUGACCUGUCUGAGGAGGAUCAAUUUUUGGCGCAUUUAAUGAAGAUAGAACGGUUUGAGCAUAAAGUUAAGAUAAUGUCAUUUAUGGCUACAUUUGAAGAGAGUGCCAAUUUAUUAGAACCGCAAUUUUCGACCUUGACUGCAGCUUCGAAAUGUGUACGAGAAGCUGAUAAGUUCCAUAAAAUUUUGGAAGUUCUAUUGGCAUAUGGCAAUUACAUGAACAGUGGACGGCGCGGUGGUGUUUACGGGUUUAAACUUUCUAGCUUGGAUACGCUUUCCGGGAUGAAAAGCUGCGUUGAAAGGUCUUUAUCGCUUCUCCACGUUUUCUGUGACUCUAUAUCCCGUUCAUUUCCCGAGCUUCUUACUUUUGGUGAACAAUUUCGGUUUGCGGAUAAAGCAAGCACAGUGAUGUUAGACGCUUUACUAGCAGAUAUGAAAGAGGUGGAACUGAAUUUUUUACAAGCCAAGAAGGAGAGAGAACUGAAAGGAUCGGAUUCUCCCCCAUCCUUGGUGGCAUUUUUAGAUAAAUGCGAAAAAAGAAUUGAGAACCUCAAGACCCAGUGCAAGACUGCUACUGAAGCAUUCAGUUCCUGUGUUGAGUUUUAUGGCGAAUCAGCUCGUAAUCAACAGCCACAUUUGUUCUUCUCGAGGCUUAUUGAAUUCAGGAAGAAAUUUGAUCAGGCUGUUAGAGAAAAUGCAGAAAGACACGCUGCAGAGCAGCGAGCUCAGGAGAGAACAGCUAGAUUGGCGGCUAGGGGUCGCGCAUCAAAGAAUGAUUUGGAUGGCACAGUGAUCAUGGAGCUAGAGCAACGAAUGAAUAGAGCUUUAGCGAAUUCUCCGACAAGAAGAAGAAAUCCAAAAUCGAAACUGGAGUGCAGCCAGAUAGAUGAUGGUGACUUUGAGAAAAUAAUGAUAGGCUUAAAAGAAGGAGCUUAUGUGUCGUUCGAUGCACCGACCAAUGCAAAAAAGCUGGGUGUUGUACAGUCUCACCGGAAUGGAAUGCCACCUCCAGUGGAACCAAAGCCACCAAGAUCGGCUUAUAUGAAUCGAGAGAGGCCUGGUGCACUUUAG